AUGAGCCGCUGGGAGAUGGAGGCGGGCGGCAGCGGGCAGUGCCGCAACUUCCUGGCGGCGCCGGUCUUCGGGGCGGCGCCGUCGGGGCGCCAGGCCGCCUUCGGCUACGAGCGCUCGGGCGCGGCGGGCGCGGCGGGCGCCGGGGCCCGCGCGGCGCCGGCGUCCGCGGAGGCGGCGCCGGCCAAGGACUGCUCCAGCGGCCCCCCGACGGCGGCCCCCGCGGCCGCCGCCUCCUCCUCCGCCGCGGCUGCCGCUGCCGCCGCCGCGCUGGGCUACCACCCGGGCUACCACCCCUUCGGCAACGGCUACUACAGCUGCCGCAUGGCGCACGGUGUGGGGCUGCAGCAGAACGCCGCCCUCAAGGCCUCCCCGCACGCCGCCUUCCCCGGGGAGAAGUACAUGGACGUGGCCGCCCUGGCCGGCACCAGCGUGUCCGCCGGCAGCGACGUCUCCUCGCGGGCCAAGGAGGUCUCCUUCUACCAGGGCUACGCCGCCGCCGCCGGCCCCUACCAGCACGUGCCCGCCGGCUACCUCGACGUGGUCUCCACCUUCGGCUCGGCCGCGGCGGCGGGGGAGCCCCGCCACGAAGCCUACAUCUCCAUGGAGGGCUACCAGUCGUGGACGCUGGCCAACGGCUGGAACGGGCAGGUGUACUGCGCCAAAGACCAGGCCCAGGGCUCCCACUUCUGGAAAUCCUCCUUCCCAGGGGAGGUUGCACUAAACCAACCGGACAUGUGCGUGUACCGGCGGGGGCGAAAGAAACGCGUGCCUUACACCAAGCUGCAGCUGAAAGAACUGGAGAGCGAGUAUGCCAUUAACAAGUUCAUCAACAAGGACAAAAGGCGCAGGAUCUCGGCGGCCACCAACCUCUCGGAGCGGCAGGUCACCAUCUGGUUCCAGAACCGCCGCGUCAAAGACAAGAAAAUAGUCUCCAAGCUGAAGGACUCCGUUUCCUGAUCGCAGCCCCGAAAGGCUUGGGAAUAUUCGCCCCGAUCCGCUCUCGGCUCCAAAGACUCUUGAGGGGAAACAAACUUGAAAUAUAUUUAAUAUUUCUCCCCCACCCCUUUCGGGCAGGGUGGCGAUAUUUUGUGAAGCGUUUUUUUAAAAAGCAAGAUGUGCCAUUUUCGGCUGGGAUUCAGGGGAUGUUGCCGGGCUUGAAUUCCUUGAUGCGUCUUGCGUUGUAUUUGGGUAGGAUCUGUGGCUGUGUGUGUGUGCGCGCGCGCGCGUGUGUGUUCCAGGUCAAUGGGCCCUGGAGCGGUCAGGAACUCCUUACAAAAGGUAACAUUUGUCUGAGACUACCCAGGCGCUAAAACUACCCUCCAUUUCCCUCCACGCCUCCCUUAUCUGCGACCUCCCGAAUUUGUCAAUGGAUUUGUCAAUAGAGCCGAAGACAAAGGGGUCCUUGGAGGCAGCGGGGGCGGUGACGUCACUGCCAAGCCAAAUUCUGGUUUCGGGGGAAUGGCAACUGGCCUCUUGUACUGUAAUGUGAAAUACUUUAAAGGACUGGCGCUUCCUAAACUGUCUUGUCCCAAAGGGAUUCCACGAGGCCCUCUCCUGUCUCAUUGGGUACAGAGACAGACUCUUCCAUUUGAAUCGCAUUCUCUUGGAAGAGAGAUCCGAAGGAGUUAACUGUAUUCGUCUGUAGUUGCAAAACAGUAAAAAGUCCAGUAGCACC